AUGGCUCUCCUACAUGGUCCAGUAAAACCCAGGACUAAUCAUUUAUCUGCACGUAGUCUCAUAAUAUAUUACAGAAUGGGAGUCCUUAUAUAUAUGAAGUUGGUGUUGCUGAGCAUUGUACAAGGUUCAGCUGAAGACAGGAUCAUUGGAGGAUCUGAAGUUGUCCCUCACUCUAUUCCGUAUCAAGCUUCUUUGCAGAUAAGAUCAGUACAUUAUUGCAGCGGAACUUUAAUUAACCCUAGAUGGAUCCUGUCAGCCGCCCAUUGUGUGAAACCUCCGUACCUCAUCACAGUUGUUUUGGGUGAACAUAGUUUAUCCAGAUCAGAUGGCAAUGAACAAUUCUACAAUGUAGUCAGACUUACUAUGUUUCCUUUUUACCAACCUGCAACAUUCAGACAUGACAUCAUGCUUUUGAAAAUGGAUAGGCCGGCAGCACAGAAUGCCUACAUCAGUCCUAUCACAAUUCCAGCUACCGAUAAAAUUGUGCCUGAAAAUACAUUAUGUACAGUCUCUGGCUGGGGAGUCACCACUGUUUACAGUUAUAGCCUAUCGGAUGUGCUUAUGGCUGUUAAGGUUCCAAUUAUUCCUCGCUAUAAGUGCAAUCAACCUUCUUCUUAUGGUGGAAGAGUGCAUGUCUUCAUGCUCUGUGCAGGAUACAGAACAGGAGGCAAGGACUCUUGUCAGGGUGAUUCUGGAGGACCGCUGAUUUGUGAUGGAGUCAUUCAAGGAAUUGUGUCCUGGGGAAUCAGUUGUGCACAUUACAAAUACCCAGGUGUAUACACCAGAGUAGGCAAGUACAUAAGGUGGAUUAAAAAUAAAAUAAGAAGAUUUUGA